AUAAGCCCGGGGAGUCCAAAUUGAAUCUUAUCGUCGGUGAUGACGGCAUCGACGUGGGGUGGCCAGUUCGUUAUCUCACGCUUUAUAAGUAGACCCCUGCGAACCAUUUGGUACAGUUUAAUUUUUUAACCCAAGGCGAUACACAUAGAAUGAAACAGGUGUUGUUGGUCUUUGCCACUCUAGUGCUUGUUGGAGUCAACAGUCAAAUACAUCCGGAUAUUAUAGAGGAUGCGCAUUUAGAUGCGCUUGGAUUACUGAGAAAAUACGGUUACCCCGCUGAGGAACACAUCCUAGAGACUGACGAUGGCUACCUCCUUGGACUGCACCGGUGCCCGGGCAGUCCAAUGUCCCCACCGGCACCCGGAAAGCCCGUAGUCCUGCUGCAGCAUGGCAUGUUGAGCUCGUCCGCCGAUUACAUCCUGAUGGGACCGCAGACCAGUCUGGUGUACAUGCUGGCCGACGCCGGUUACGAUGUCUGGAUUGGAAAUGCUCGCGGAAAUCGGUACUCGAACCGUCAUCGCACCCGGAACAACUCAACUCAACAGUUUUGGGACUUUUCGUGGCACGAGGUCGGCUCGAUCGACGUGCCCAACAUGAUCGACUUCAUCUUGGCCCGUACUGGCGAGACGGCUCUGCAGUACGUUGGACAUUCCCAGGGAACCACCGUGUUCUGGGUCAUGAUGUCGCAGCAUCCGUACUACAACCGUCGCAUCAAGAGUGCCCACAUGUUGGCUCCGGCAGCUUACAUGCACCACACGCGCAGCCCUUACGUGAUCUUCCUGGCGACGUUCCUUCACACUACGGAGUUGAUGCUGCAGAUGAUGGGAACGUACUACUUCGCACCGACCUCCGAAAUGGACAUCCAGGGUGGACUCGACCGAUGCCACGACGGAGCGCCCUUCCAGCAGAUGUGCACGAUCAACACGUUCUUGAUCGCUGGCUUCAACUCGCAGGAGGUCAACUACACCAUGCUACCGGUCAUCCACGGACACUCCCCAGCCGGAGCAUCCGCCAACCAGAUGAUCCAUCACGCCCAAACGGUACGAUCGCGCAUCUUCCGGCAGUUUGACCACGGUGCCACGAUCAACAUGAUCCGCUACGGUUCCAUGGUCCCUCCGAGGUACAACUUUGACAACGUCCAAGCACCGACCCUCCUCUACCACUCCACCAAUGACUGGCUGGCCGCCCCGGAGGACGUCGAACUUCUUCGCCGUGAACUGCCGAACGUCCACAAGACUUACCUGGUCUCGCAGCGCGAGUUCAACCACAUGGACUUUAUCUGGGCCAUCAACGUGCGGCCGCUACUGUACGAUGAACUACUGGCUGAUUUGCGGGCGUACGCGUAGGCGCGUCCGUCACAAAGGACCACUUGACCUGCGGGUGGGAAAAUCCGCUACUACCGUGUUUGCGUUUCUAGAUAAGCAGAUAAGCCUGGCUGGUGUGUCAAUAAAUAAUGGUCACGCGACAGA